AUGCAGAGUACAGCUUCAGACCUUGACACAGUCAUCAGCUACAGCGCCGCCUUGAGCUCCUUCCAGCAUCCUUCGCAAUGGCAGAGGGGCACGGACCUGUUUCAGCAAUGUAGGGCACAGUCUGAGCUGGACAUCAUCGCCGGCAACUCCCUGGUGGCAGCCUUGGAGGGCAGUGCUCGCUGGCGGGAAGCCUUGCAUGCACUCCGCUUCUCGGCCCACGCCUCGUUGCAACCCGAUCGGCUUGGCACCAACACUGUGGUGAGUGCCGCCGGAAAGGCUGGUAAAUGGCAUCUCUCCUUGAGCCUCUUUCGGCACAUGGCUGGCCAGCGGCGACUUCGCAGGCGGAUGUCGCCUGACCACAUCACUUACAGCGCUCUGGUCCAAGGCUUCGAAUCUGGCGGUGCUUGGCAGCGUGCCUGGUCGCUGCUCAGCAACAUGGGCUGCAGCGGUUGCCGGCCCAAUGCGUUGGACCUGACCUCUGCCCUGGAGGCCGGUGCCUCCUGGCCCUUUUCUCUUGCCGUGCUCUUUGCGGAGCACCGUGUGGAUUCCCUGCUAGCAGCUGCUGCCAUUGCCCGCGUGCCGGUGCGGGCUCAGCAGGAGCAGCUGCUCCUGGCCAUCCUCUCGCGCUGGAGAGCUGCAGGGCCGACAGCGGCGCCUCAGUCUAUCACGGAGGAUGCAGAACCACCACCAACGUGGCCCAGCCUCGGGGAAGGGCUGGAAGUGCUGAAGGAGGUCCCAGGCAUUGUGGUGGUGAUGAAGCCGGCCGGUAUCCGGACUGAGGCAGCAGCUUCGGCUGUGAGGUAUGCAGCCUCUGGCCGGUACUCCGGCUUUCACUUGGCCUCGCGCCUGGACUCCCCGACUUCCGGGGUGCUUCCGAUUGCUUGCGGGCCUCCUGGGUCCCUAGAAGCAGAGUGGCUUCAGCUCCAAUUCGCGGCGCGCUUGGUGCACAAAGAGUACUGGUGCCUCUGUCAGGGAACCUCCCUUGGCGUUCGCGGUGCUACGGGGGAAAUCUGCAGUCCACUACGGGCACGGGAAGUGGAAGAAGGUGUCUUCCGGGCGGAGGUCUCAUCCAGAGGGCGGCCGGCGCACACUAUGUACGAGGUCCUGAGCAGAUAUGCAUCUCCAGACACACCCGACCACCAAGAAGUUAUGCUUCUGAGAGUGAAACUGCUCACUGGCCGGACGCACCAGAUCCGUGUACACAUGGCCAGCAUCGGACGCCCUCUGAUUGGUGACGUCCUCUAUGGCUUGGAGGUGCCCUGGUGCUCACGCCUCUUCCUCCAUUGCCGCUCCGUGCGCUUCCGCGACCUCACAUUUGCUGUCGUCGACGUUGAUGUGCCUUUGCCACCGGCUUUGUGUGACGCACUUGCCGCGUUGACGGAGAUCGAAAGCUGGAGCGAGGAACACCUGCGGACCAUUGUCUUGGCCUUACGAACGACAAGAGACCCAUCUGCAGCGCAGCAUCAAGGUGCCUGGCGCAAGGCCAUCAACGCAGCUUGCCGGAGCAAAGGGGGGCACUAUGCAGGCUACAGCUGCAAGGUCGUGUCCUGGGACGACGUCAGCAGGGGCACGGUGGGUGGCUCCCUGUCUUGCUGGGGUGCGAACAUCACAGACACCUACCUCAAAAGUCGCAGCGGCACGGCGCUGUUUACGGUGCGCAGCGAGAACUGGGACGAGAAGCUCGGGGUCGUUGGCGCCCAGGAGGUAGCAGUGGUGGCAGGAAAAGGGGCAGGACCGCCUCAACCUGUGACCCUUCGCACGAUCCUUCAGGAGCUCGGGGCGUACGGAAAGUACGCGGGCCUUCCCAGCGACACGGACUUGUCCGACGCUGCCCUGGAUGCCAAAUGCUCCAUCCGCUUCCAGACCACCUUUCUGCCGGUGGAAGCCCCUGGUUCCGGACGGGGCACCCUGGAGUUUGCCACAGAGGCGUACAACUACAACACCCGGGAAGACUCUGACCCCAGGAAUCUCCUCCUGCUGUGCACCAGCCAGGGCAUAGCCGUCCAACAGGAUGGCCGCGGCAAGAAGCGGCUCUUCCACCACGCCACAGAUGGACAUGGUAAAAUCCACCGCUACUGGCUGGAGGCGGAAGAGAGCCAGCACCGCGUUGGAGGGCCGCAGGAGGAGAGCGUCGAGGAGCGCGCGGAUGCACUUCGAAGAGGCAAGGCCACCUCCAGUGUGAUUGGCAUUCGGGCCAUGGGCAAACGCUUCAAUGUUCUGAUGACCAUCCAGGUGCCCUUGAAGCAGCGCCGCGGCGAGCGCAAGGGCUUGUGCAGUUGGCAGCAAGAUGCGCAGAAGUACUUGACCGACCUCGGCACCAACAGCAAAGUCACCUGGGGCGCAGACGGCAGCCUCACCGUGACGACCACCAGCUGUUACGGACAGGAUACCAUUCUGAAAGCUUUUAAAACAGCGGAAGACACGCCUCGCAGCAGCUGCCGCAGCCGCAGCCGCAGCAGGGCACGGAGCCGUGGGUCCCGUGGCAGCUGCAGCAACGAUGAUCGAGAUCGAGGGCGUGAUCGAGGCGGACGAAGCAGUGCUGCCCGUGUGUCACGCGGCUCCGAGUUCGAUGUGUGGCCGGGCCUUUCCGUGAAAGCGCCAAAGCGCCAUGAUUCCGAGCACGUGACGAUCACGGUGGUGGUGUACAACGUGGUCCAAGGGGGCGUGCCAAGCACGCAGGAUGUCCUGAAUGCGAUCGACGACCUUGAGAUGCUGUACAAGGCCUGCUCAGCCAAUUCCCGGCUUGCGGACAGCACCUGCGACUUCAUGAAGCAGGAGCUGACUGUCCAGGACAUGUGUGACAUCUCCUGCAAGAUGCAGUACCAGCCCCCUACCCAAGACGUCCAGCAAUAUGACGUGUUUCCAGCAGCCUGA